AUGUUCUACGGUCGUCCGGCCAAGUAUUCGUACUGGAACGGAUGUUCGACUGGAGGAAGACAGGGACACAUGAUGGCCCAGAGGUACCCGACUCAGUAUGACGGUAUCCUGGCUGGAGCUCCUGCUAUUAACUGGGACAAAUUCAUCCCUGCUGAGUACUGGCCCCAGGUUAUGAUGAAGGAACUUGACUAUUAUCCCUCAUCAUGUGAAAUGGAUGCUCUCACUCAAAGUGCGAUCAGCGCUUGUGACGAGCUAGACGGUGUUAAAGACGGCAUCAUUUCCAUGGAGGGACUAUGUCAUUUCGACCCCUUGACCGUAGUCGGCAAGACUGUCAACUGCACAUCUCCCAAUGGCACCAUCAAAAUCUCCAAGAAGGCCGCCCAAAUUGCGGCUGCCAUUUGGGCCGGUGCGAAGGCCUCAGAUGGAUCUGCCCUUUGGUACGGGCUUCCCUAUGAAUCUCCCCUCACCUCCCUCGGCGGAACAAACUGCACGUCUCUCACGGACUGCGGAUCCCUUCCCUUCGCUAUCUCCUCAGACUGGAUACAAUUAUUUCUUCAAAAGGACACCUCCUUCGAUGUGUCCACCAUCGGCUAUGAAGAAUUCGACACAUUGUUCCGCCAAUCAGUGAACGAGUAUGCCUCAGCCAUCGGAACCCGCGAUCCCGAUCUCACACGAUUCAAGAACGCUGGUGGAAAGAUGAUCAGCUGGCACGGCAUGAAGGACCAGCUCAUCUUCUUCAACGGCACUGAACAUUACUACCGCCAGGUCUUGGAACAUGACCCCAAAGCCCAUGAUUUCUACCGGUUCUUCCCUGCCCCGGGUGUGGAGCAUUGCAGGGGUGGACCAGGUUGGUAUCCUGGCGAAAGUAUGAAUGCUUUGAUGGACUGGGUUGAGAAGGGUGUCGCACCUGAGACUCUCAAGGCUAUUGCCACGCCUUCCGCUACUGGGGGUGCGCAGCCGCCAUUGCGUACCGCUGGCUUGUGUCCUUGGCCUAGGGUUAUGACUUUUGUCGGUGGUAACCCUGAUAAGGCUUCUUCCUUUGUCUGUAAAUAG